GAUGUGAAACCUGGCAGGAUGUGGGGAAUGAACCUCCUGCAUUUGCACGAAUUGGGCCCAAGGUGCCCCAGGCUUGCCAUUCAGGCAGACUCAGCCGCAAGGACUCCUCUCUCAUCUUUUCUUAUUAGCCUUUCACGGCAGCCUGGGAAAGUCCUCGGGUGAGAUUGACCCUUCACCUCAUAGCCUCAGCAGCCUGAGCCAGUGUUCUCAAGGGCCUGCCAUUCUCAGGUUCUUGGACCUUUCCCUUCUGAGUAUCCAGACCUCCCUGGGCAAUGUCGGAGGCCAGGAUCAGCUCUUGCUGGGAUUGGCUCCUGUCAGCCCUAGAGAACCACAAGGGACAGCCUUACCAUGGAAGCUUUGGGCUCCACCAGUCUGGGAUUCUCAGGAUCUCCUCCCAGGCCAUCCCUCUCAGCCCAUUCAGGUCCUGUGGUGAAGCCAGGGGAAGAGGUGAUCUUCUGGUGCAGGAGGCCGCCAGGGCCCUAUGAAUGGCUGGUGACGUUCAGUCUGCUGAAGGCGGGGAGGCCAAAGUCCUUAGAGGAGAAGGAGGUACACUUUUCUCAAGCCAAUUUCUCCCUGAAGUCUCCAAGUGUCCAGGAUUCCGGGAACUACAGCUGCAUGUACUAUGAGACUUUGUGCCCACAAGUCAGAUCAGAACCCAGUGAGACCCUGGAGUUCUGGGUGACAGACAGCCUUCCCAAGCCCUCACUCUCAGCCCGACCCAGUUCCAGGUUAACCCCAGGGGACAACGUGACCCUCCUGUGUCAGGGGCCAUCCCGAGGUGUGGAGUUUGCUCUGUACAAGGAUGGAGAGGAAACGCCUGUGAGCACCCGUGAGCCCACUCAGCAGGGGGCAGAGUUCCCCUUGAUCCACGUGAACAUCAGCCAGACUGGAAAGUACAGGUGCUCUUAUCUCCUCGGGAGAGAGAGUCAAGUCCUGGCCCUGCCCAGUGAUCCCCUGGAACUUAAAAUACAAGAGGAGCAGAAUGAACGUCUUCUCACAAGAGAAACCCAAACCAUCCUCAUCAUUGCCCUCAGCUGUGCCUUUAUCCUCUUUCUCCUCCUCUUCUUUACAUUUGUCGGUCAUCGUCAGUCUCAGACUGUGAUUUCACAAGGAGAGACCUCCAGAAGAUUCCCAAGGUGCCUCAGUUGUACUUGGUUUGUCUGCUUCUCUUCCAAAUCUGGAGCUCCUCAACAUGAGACUGAUUAUGCCCAGGUUGCCAAAUGCAGACGCUCGAGGAUAUCUGCUGAAGACCCUGAGGGACUGACCUAUAUCCAGCUGAAUUCAGAAGCCCUGAAGAAACAGCAGACAGUCCCUGGGAAGAUGUGUCCUGAUCCAACAACGUAUGCUACUCUUGCUCUGCAAUGAUGAACAAGAACUUCUUGCUCUGUGUUUUUCCUUACGAUCCUUUGCUAGAUAAUCAUCCAUGUUACCCUUCCUCAAUGUGGAUACUCCUUGGAUUCUGUUUGGGUCUUCUCUUCCCACACCCUUUUGAUGAUUUCAUCAGUUCCUCUGGCCUUCAUCACCAUAAUGCAGAAUAUAAGUCCUGGGCUCUUCUCUGAGCUCUAGACCCACAUCACUAGUAGCUGAUCAAAAAUUUCCAAUUGGAUGCCCUAACAGGCAUUUCCAACUCUACUGUUCAAAGUAGAACUUUUUUGCUUUUUCCCUGUCCAAACCUUUACAACCCUUUCCUUUUUCAAACUUCCCUCCUUCUGUUAAAGACACCAAUAGUCUUGUGGUCAAUAGGUCACAACUUUGAAGUUAUCCUUAAAUUCUCUUUCUGCUGAUCCACAGUCCUUUGCCAAUUCUUUUCAAUCCUACCAUCUUGGUCAUCUAGCCCCUUUCUUUGCUCACAUUGUCACUUUUCCAGGCCCUUAUCACCUCUCUCCUCAACUAUUUCAAUAGUCUAUUAAUCGAGGUUUCUGGGUUUGUCCUCUCUCCUUUACAAUCCAUCCUCCAGAAAGCUGUGAAGUGAAAUUUCCUAAAGCUCAUGUAUGACCUAGUUGAUAUUCUGCCCAGGAGGCUUUUAUGUCUCCCUCUUAUUUUUAGAAUCAAAUAUAACUUCUCCAGUUGGGCAUUUAAAGCCUUUCACUGGCUAACUCCAGCCUGGCUUUCUAGACUCAUUGUAUGUUGCUAGCUUCACUCUUUCUCCAUUUCAAACAAACUGACCAGUCCAUUUCUCAAAACUAAGAGCUUCUCCACUGCUUUCCCACUCUUGGAAUGGGGUUUCUUAGAGUCUUUCAAGGCUUCUCCAAGGAUAUCCUCUUAUAGGUGACCUUUCCAGAUUCUUCAAAACUGAGUGUCCUUCCCUACCAUUAUUUUUCUUAGUUAUUGAUGUUUUUCUUUUUUAAAUAAAUUGAGUAAUUUAACUAAGACCAAUAAAUGGACACUUCUAUAUAAAGAUGCAAAAAA